CGCCUUUUUUUCUUUUUCAACUGUUCAAAAACCUUGAGCCCGGUCGAUUGUCCCCUGGUCCCAAAGAUUGCUCAAGACUCUCAUGGAUGCAUUAAACCCACAACAAAAUUAUAGUUAAUCCCAACUCCCUGAGCUACACCCACCCUAGCUAAGCUCUUGGGCAUCAAUCAUCUCUAAGCCGUUGGCUCAAAGAACCCCCAGCCGAACCGUUUCUCAGGAGGUUUAGCGUCAGCCGUGGUUCUUCACACUUUCCUUUUCCCCCCUCCAAUGCCUGCUUGGUCUGUGUGGGCUACGACUACUAAAAACAAGCCAUGUCGCAGCCUCGGCGACAAGGUAAUGACCAUAUCUUCAGCUCACUGCCUCCAUCUACCGCAGCAGCAGCGUCUCCUAUAGCUCUGCGACCUGGCGGGCUGGCCCUCCGAUCUGGGUCAGCUGUCACGGAUUAUUCCCCCCGCAAACCUUCGCUCUCUCCCCUGCAUACAGACGGACGAAACCAGUCCCCCCAUCGCACCGAUUCGAGCCUGUCGCAGAGAACUGCAUCGCCAAUCUCAUCCACAGCAACCUCGCCGUUGGAGAACUUAUCCACGAUCCGCGAAACAGCCCAUGCUGCGUUUCCAACUCCUCUCUCGACUACUGGCCGAAUCUCGAUCGACACAUCGUCAAACGCGUUGAGGAAACGGGCAUUGAGCCAUAAUGAAAUGAAAAUGGCCGAUCAAGUGAACGAGAUAAAGACGCGCAAGGAUUCCGACGCCACGGAGUCUACCCUGUCCAUGUCGCCUUCCACUAUGUCCCCGAUCGGCUCCCUGAAGUCAAUCUCCGGAGACCGGCCAGUUCAUCAUCGUACGAUGCCACGCACCUCAUCCAUUGACUCCGCGAUUUCAUCUCUUUCCUCGGCGUCGCAAUCUCAUAAAGCUUCGUUUGACGCCAACUCGAUCAGCAAGGCUGAUAUUGAUAAUUUAAUUACGGCUGCUGGAUCACCCGAGGCGGUGAUUAUUCACCUUCUCAAGGAGAAGCAUCAUGCGGCGUCCCAAAACUCUCAGCUGUGGAGACUUGUCGACAAACAGCGGACCCUCAUUCUUGGGUUGAACAAGGACUUGGAGCGAGCGAUGAAAGAGAAGGAACGAUAUAAGAAGAAAGUCAAGGAGCUCCAGAGCGCAGCGCCACCUCUUCCAUCAACGGAAGUGCAGCCCGUACGGCCUCCUACUGCGGACAGUUUGGACACAACAAUCACCCAGAUAUCUCCUACCAAUGGGCCGGCAAAAAGUCCACAUCCCACCGACAAACCUGGCGCGCACCCGCAGCGCUUACAAACUGGAGACAGCCGAAGCUCCCCUGGCAGCACACCCAGCUUACAAAAGCUGGUUGAAAGCGUAUUACUAGCAGAUGAACCUGAUCUAAGAUGCGAGUCGCAGAGCUCGCAGAGACUGGCUUCGAUCCAGGAAAUGUCGACUACGAGCCCAACCUCUCCCGUGAGCCCAAGUUCUACUAUCCAUGAUCUUGCAUCUAGCGGGAAUAAGAACCCUCAGGUGCCACACCAAAUUCGAAAAGCCCCUCCUGCGCCGUUGAAUCUCACUCCUACAGACCGCACAGCGUUAGAAAUUCCAGAACGUUCUGACUCGGAAUCUGAGUAUGAGGAUAUUUUAGCGGUUGAAGAGUCGCCAAUAGAGCGUGGGAGAAGGAAAACUAGAGAUGAUGAUGACAGGGAACGUGAAGCUGUCCUAGAAAGAGAGGGCUCGAAUGCUCUAAAGAAUAUCGAGGGUUCAGGGACAGGGCCGUACGCUGGAUUGGCCAUUGACCCAGCACCUUCAGACUCAAGGCGAGCAGUGCCUGCAGAGGCACUGUCAUCUACCAUGAGCCUUCGUACUCUACCUUCAGCCUCAAUUCCUGAACGUGUUAUCAUUACUGGGCCAAAAAGCCCUGGUUUGCCGCUAAGCCCAAGACCUGAAGACCGUCCCCUAGGAUCUCCUCUACCGCGUAUGCCACGAGAAAUGCCAAAUUCAUUCUCUUCCUUGACCAUGCCCUCGGGCAAUCAUCUUUCAGGGCUCGCUUUGUCGCCUCGCGUUGGCAAACACCCAAAUCCGUUUGUUGCCGGGGGCCACACGGUACCCAGCACACCCACACACGCUGGAAUUCCGGCUGACUCUUACAACCGACGUAUUCCUUCAAUUGAUGCUGCCGUGAAAAUUGACAGCCCCCAAUCUCCAGAGCAUGCAGCAAUUGGUAUCUACCAAGGCUUGAAGUCGGAAGACUAUCCAAAUCUUCUUUUGCCUCCGAACGCACUCCCUCUAAUUCAGGUGAAAGUGUCGUCAUCAAGGCUUCGACCUUCAAGAAACAGCUAUAUGGCCAUGAAACCAUUGGAGGAAGAACCGGUAUUCACCCUGAGUGUAUUCUCACGGUCCGAAAACUCGGAGCUCUGGCGAGUUGAAAAGGUAAUUGCUGCCCUUCCUCAACUCGACCAACACGUACGACAGCUCUCUGCAUUCCAGGGCAAACUACCUGAUCGAUCCAUAUUCAGUGGGCAUUCUCCGGCCAAGAUCGACGUAAGACGUGCCGCCUUGAACUCGUAUUUUGAAGCCCUACUUGAUACCCCGAUGGAUGAAAAGGCUGCUUUGGUCAUUUGCCAGUUCCUUACGUCAGAUGCGAUUGAGCCUCGCGACGAUGAAUUAAGUUUACUAAAGGGCAGCCAUCAGGCAGGAUCGGAAAUCCUACGUGGUCCGGAUGGAAAGCCCAGGAAAGAAGGGUAUUUAACCAAGCGAGGAAAGAACUUUGGUGGUUGGAAAGCCCGAUUCUUUGUUCUGCAUGGGCCUGAGCUGAAGUACUUUGAGGCUCCGGGUGGCGCUCAUCUUGGAACCAUCAAACUUCACAAUGCUCAGAUAGGUAAACAAUCCCAGAAUACAUGCCAGAGCAAUCCGCCUUCACAGGCUGAUGACGACUCCGACAACCAAUAUCGCCAUGCCUUCCUCAUAUUGGAACCCAAGAAGAAGGACUCGUCGGCUUUAGUACGGCACGUGCUGUGCGCUGAAAGUGACGAAGAAAGAGACUCAUGGGUUGAAGCGCUCUUGGAAUAUGUUGAAGGGUCGUCGGAAAAUGAGGCCUCUGCCUCCAGAACCCCAAGCCAGGUAUCAACAAAACUGCCCACAAAUGCUGCUGCCAAAUCAAAACUGUUCCCUAAUGGUAGUAAGAAGGCCGGCAAAGGCCCGGAUAGUCCAGACUUGGAAAUCUCCGACACCGUUCAAGGAUUUAGCUAUGACGAUGCUGUUCCUGCUGAACCCCCUGUUCUGGGGCCGUUUGACAGAUGUACUCCUAGGUCCCCCAUGUUCCCACCUGGGUCAAGCAUUGAGGACAGCCAUGCAGCGUCUCUAGACCCCGCCCAGAUCUCGUCCAAAAUGAUAUCUGGCCCAACUAACGGUGCGGUAAUUCAGGACGUGGGUGCCUGGGGUAACAGGACUACUAGUACAAGGGAAAAGAAACGCAGUAUUUGGGGGUUCCGCACAAGGUCUUCAAUUGAUCUUGCUUCUCAGAUUCAGGCACUGUCAGAAUCUCCUACAAUUCAAAUCCAGGGUCCUAGUGGCGAAAAGAGGGAGCUUGUUAGACCAGUUUUCGGAAUACCACUGGCAGAAGCAGUGCAAUAUUGUGCACCGCAAGGUGCUAAUGCCGACUUGCCCGCAGUUGUUUAUCGCUGUAUAGAGUAUCUCAAAGCAAAAAGAGCAGAGUCUGAAGAAGGAAUCUUCCGACUGAGUGGCUCAAAUAUUGUUGUGAAAGCAUUGAGAGAGCGAUUCAAUACUGAAGGUGAUGUUGACUUCCUUGCUGGAGAUCAAUACUACGAUGUCCAUGCUGUAGCAUCGUUGUUCAAACAAUACCUUCGAGAGCUACCCACAACGGUUCUCACCCGUGAACUGCACAUAGAAUUCUUGCGUGUGCUAGAGCUCAACGAAAAGCAGAAGAAGAUUGUGGCUUUCAAUUCCUUGGUCCACAGACUUCCAAAGCCCAACUUGGCCUUGCUGCGAGCUUUGGUCCAAUUUCUGAUAAUCAUUGUCAACAACUCCGAUGUGAACAAAAUGACAGUCAGAAAUGUGGGCAUUGUCUUUGCCCCUACCCUGAAUAUCCCUGCUCCUGUCUUUUCAAUGUUCCUCACCGAAUUCGACGAGAUUUUUGAGGGCACACCGGGCUCCAACGUAGACGCAAUGUCGUUGACGGUUGAUCAUUCUUUGACCCCAGAGGAUAUUAGGUCUCCUCGACGCCAGAUGUUCUCCGAAAUACCUACUCCCGCACAUCAUCAAAUGACUUUCCCCAGAGCUGGGGACCGUUCAGAUGACUAUAGCGCACAACACGACACUGGCUUCAUUCCCAUGCAGCCAAGCUAUGAGCCGUAUUCACACGGCACAGCGGAUAAUUUCCCAAUGGCAAUGCCCAGAAUGCUGGCACCAAAUGACAAUUCCCGAGCCGCCAAAGCAAAGAGGAGGGAAAGCUCCAUGCUUUUCAUGGAAUUUAAUAACGAAAAUGCAUCUGCAGCUUCUCACGAUGAUCAUGCUUAACAUCUUUUAUACACGAGUCGGAAACAGUUGUGUCUCAUGCCACUCAGGUUUUUGAUGUCAUACAGCACUGCCCGCUUUAUCACUUUCUCCACUCCACGUUUCUAUGAACUUGACUUGCGCUUCUCAUUCCACCUCCUUUGCUUGUCCCAUGGCUUCGCUUCCAUGAUCAAACACGACGAUUCAAACGAAUGUGCAACGACGUAUAUAAAUGCCUGACUACGGAGUACAUCCGACUACGAGCCAGAGGAAUGUUGUUUUAAUUUUAAUGGUAAUCCAGAACCUCAAGGUCUCUUCCUCCUCCUCCCUCUUCCUCCCUCCCCCCAAAAAUCCUGUUUCACGUCACUUUGUUUUUUCACAUUCUUCCCUUUUCUUUUCUAUUUGCGUUGAAACGUGAUCUAUGGACUUAUGGUUUUCAGCCUUUAUGGUUUGUUUUCGUUUUCGUUUUCCCUUUUUUUUUUUUUUUUUUUUUUUUUUUUUU